UCAUCCAUUUUCAUUCACCUCUCUCUGUCUCUCUAUCUUUCUCUCUUGCUCUCUCUGUCUGUCUCUCUCUCUCUCUCAGCCCAAUAUUCCUUUCCAGAGAAUCUCAAGAAUUUUGCGAGAAAACCCAAUCCCUGUCCUAAACCCAGAUCCGAAAGAUCCCCUUGGAGGCUACCUCCCGCGGUUCUUUGGCCGUGCAAAUUGUAAGCAGAUUAAGAUUCCUCUGCCGACUACAAAAAGUCCCAAUCCCAUUCUUUUCCUCUCAACAAUAAUCUCUCUACCCACGAUAAAAUUCGCAGAAAAAAGAAACUUUUUUUUUUUGUUCUCUGACUCUUUUCUUUCACAUUCUUUUUCUCAUCCCGAUUUUCCCAAUACAAAAGGCCCCCUUUUGAUGAGCCUAUAGCUCGGGUUUAAUUCCAUUUUUGGGUGAAGACUGUAUUUUUGAGCUUGGUUGUUGAUGUAUAGAAAAAGUUCUGGGAUCAUUUUGUUUGUGCUAUGAUUUGAUGGAUCUGAGAGUGGAUUGGAAUCGAAGAUCUGUCGGCAGUGAGCUUUUUGGAUGAGCUAAAAGAUUUGUGAUCAUUGUAGUAUUGGAUUGGAUUGUAGGCUAAGAGGGUGAAGGAACUGAGCUUGUUGGAUUUGUAUUCUUUUGAUUGGGAGUUGGAUCAUGGAGCAUGUGAUUGGUGGGAAGUUUAAGCUCGGUCGGAAGAUCGGUAGCGGAUCAUUUGGCGAGCUCUAUUUGGGGGUUAAUGUCCAAAGUGGAGAGGAAGUGGCUGUCAAGCUGGAAUCUGUGAAGACCAAGCACCCUCAGCUUCAUUAUGAGUCAAAGUUAUACAUGCUUCUACAAGGAGGGACGGGUAUCCCCCAUCUGAAAUGGUUUGGCGUUGAGGGCGAGUACAAUGUUAUGGUUAUUGACCUUCUAGGGCCAAGCCUAGAAGACUUGUUCAACUAUUGCAAUCGAAAGUUUUCUUUAAAAACAGUUUUGAUGCUUGCAGAUCAGUUAAUAAACAGAGUUGAGUAUAUGCACUCACGGGGUUUUCUUCACCGUGAUAUAAAGCCUGACAACUUCUUAAUGGGUUUAGGGCGCAAAGCUAAUCAGGUAUAUAUAAUUGAUUAUGGUCUGGCAAAAAAGUAUAGGGAUCUUCAAACACACAAGCACAUACCAUACAGAGAAAACAAAAAUCUCACAGGAACAGCACGUUAUGCAAGUGUUAACACUCACCUUGGAGUUGAACAAAGCAGAAGGGAUGAUCUUGAGUCUCUUGGUUAUGUGCUAAUGUAUUUUCUGAGAGGAAGCCUUCCCUGGCAAGGCUUAAAAGCAGGCACUAAGAAGCAGAAGUAUGACAAGAUCAGUGAAAAGAAGAUGCUUACCCCUAUAGAGGUCCUUUGCAAAUCGUAUCCAUCAGAGUUCACGUCAUACUUCCAUUACUGCCGAUCAUUACGGUUUGAAGACAAACCAGAUUAUUCAUAUCUGAAGAGGCUUUUCCGUGAUCUAUUUAUCCGAGAAGGUUAUCAGUUUGACUAUGUAUUUGAUUGGACUAUAUUGAAGUAUCCUCAAAUUGGCUCCAGUUCUAGAGCUCGACCAAGUGGGAAACCAGUGUUAAACCCUGGAACAUCUGCCGACAAAGUAGAAAGGCCUUCAGUGGGACAAGAAAUUCGAGAAAGGUUCUCUGGUGCUGUUGAGGCAUUUUCUAGAAGGAAUGGCUCAGGGCAUGGUUUGCAUGGUGAUCACUCCAGGCACAGAUCUUCAGAUGAUGUCCCAUCUUCUAAGGACGUGCAACCUGAUUUUGAAAGGGGACGCAGUUCUUCUCGUAAUGGUAGUACUUCAAAGAGGCCUGUAAUUUCAAGCAGCCGGCCAAGCUCCUCUGGUGAGCCUAGUGAGAAUCGAUCAAGCCGGCUAAUCUCAGGCAGUGGUCGCCUUUCCACAACCCAGAGGGUUCAACCUGGGUUUGAAUCCAAAACAACAUCUUUUACCCGUACUGCAGCCACGAGAGGUGGCCGUGAUGAUACCCUUCGAAGCUUUGAGCUCCUGUCUAUCGGCACAGGAAAGAGGAAAUAAACUGGUAAGAAGUGCUUGUGUCAAGGCUCAAAGAUGUCCUUUUGCAGUUUGUCAUGAUGUCAGCAGUAUUAUGGUUUGCCCCAGUUAUUUUGUAAAUGUGUAUCAAUUGGUGGGUUCAAUUCACAGCUAAAGCUCACUGUAGAACAUGUGUCCACAUGGUUGUACCUCUUCGGGUUUCUCGCCGUUAUAAUGCCGCCGAGUCUCAUCCAAGAAAGAGAAAAUUAUCUCACUUUACGAAAUUGUUCAUAUAUUGGAGACCCUUGCAGUUGUAAUAAGUACACUCUUAUAUCUUUUCAAGGGGGAAAAAAAAAAGAAAAAAAAGAAGAAAAAGCUUGCUUCACAACUAAUGCGCCCGUUGUCUUCUUGUUGUCCAUUACAUAAUAUAUUCAUAUAUUUUUCAUCGAGCUUUAUGCAAAUGUUGUACAACUUUGUAGAAAAGUUGCUGCUUUUGGGUAAACGACGUUGGAGAGUCAUUGGUUUGUUUCAUCACCCACCCACUUGCUGAACCUUUCUGUCCAUCUGGUUUGAAAAAGGACAAGAACAUUUGCUUUGAUGUUUUAUUGUAAUCAUGUUGUAAGCCAUUAACGUUUUUGUAGUGGUUAGCACGUAAAUUAAAGUUUAGCUGAACAGAACAGCCUCCCUCGAUUUCCAUCCUUGUACCCUUUUGAGGGCUAGUGAUUUCUUUAUACAGGAAUUGUUGCAAGGGUGAAACUACUCUUUUCAGUUGAUUAUAUAGAAAGUGUAGCAGAAAUAGAAAUUUCAAUCUGAA